GCUGGUGGAGAAAGAUCUAACGCAGCCAGGGCAGGUUUUCAGGGGGAGCCGCGAGGGCCGAUGGCAUCUGGAGUGCAGAGGAAUUCUAACCGAGUCCUAUGUAGUGGAGCGCCUGAGCCCGAGCUCCAGCGCCCGCUUUCACGAUAGCUCGCUCUGUCCCUCGCGCGCACAAGAGGAGGAGGAUCACGAGGCCCCGACGCGCACAUCUCGAUCGAGAUUGCACAAGAAGAAGAAGAAGAAGCAGACGAAGGAGAAGAAAGAGCAGCUCGCGAGAGCGAGAAGAGAGAGAGAGAGAGAAAGAGAGAAGAGUGAAGAGAGGCGCAGGAGGAGCAGCUCGCUGCACGAGGAGAGGAGCGGAGGAGAGAAGAGAGGAGAGGAUUGGAGAGAAGGUCGGUCGAGAAGGGAGCGCGGAGAGGAGAUUGCAGAGUCACGGGAGAGAGAGAGGGUCGAGGUUGGUGGCGUCUGGCGUGCCGACGGAGCGGGGGAAAUCUCGGAGAUCUGCUAUGCUUCUGGAGUGGAACAGAGGCUCGACGUCUCUAGUGUGUCCCGAGUUCUCGUUCGCGGACUUCGGUUGAUGGGAGGGCCGAUGAUGACUUGAGGACAUGGCAGCAGGCGUUGUUGGAGCGACACGGGCCGACGAGGUGGUUGCUGCAGCGCUCGGGCUCUAGCGAGAUUGGCGAUUUUCGACGAUCUUGGUUUCUUGGCUUAAGCGGGCACGUCCGCUGCGUCGCUCUCCAGGUCUGGUUCGCCGGUUGCAUUUUUUCCCACGAGCGACUUGUGAGCUAAAUUGGGUCGGGCCUUAGGGAGUGGAGUGGUGCAUGAGAAUAAUGGGCAGCCUCGUCGCGCCAGACUUCCAGGGCUGCUGCGGUCGUCGAUCUGAUUUUGAGGUCGUGGACGCCUCCCUCUCGGGAUCAUAGCUUUCAUGCUGUCGAUGAUGGUCACGACGGUCCUGGUGCUGGUCCAGGUGAAGGUCGGGAGUUUGGCAGCUCUGUCGAGUCUUGAGAUCAGUACCUGUGCUUGGUUCCUGGUAACUCCAUAGCUCCGAGAGGACCACUUUUUUGUGAAGUGGAAUAGCCGCCUCGGUGUCAACUCAGCCAAUGUUCCACCAUUCGAGGAGGUCAACAUUCUCAGCAGCAGAUAAUAAGCGGUUUGGAUACGUCGACGGCUGGUGUCGUUUUGGUGGACCACCAAUCCGACUCCUGCUAUAACUCGAAGAGUCCGCAUUGGGCGAUACCUUGAGUACGCGGCCUUACGACAAAGCUCAAUUCGGGCUAGCUUCUGUCCGGCGGAUUGUGUGUGAAGACAUCUUCGAUACCAGAAGCCUUGGCCGAGUGCAAUCGGGAGGAGCCCUUGGGAACUACUCGUAAAUGUGCGAACGGAUUGCAUGCUUCUGCCCGUACAGAACUUAUUGUCAAGGUGUGCAUGAAUUAGAGUUUUUCGAAGGGGCUGGUUCACAGGAUGCGUCAGCGCUUAGGUGAAGCCCUUGCAGGGUCAGACAGGAUAUAUGAACAUGCCUGCUCGCAGAUCUGAUUACGUUCUGCUGGAUCAAACUGAAGCUUCGUACUUCCCAAUUUCAGAGCUACCGGAGCCAUCGUAUCGCCUAGGAGAACAGUUUACUUUUGACUUCUUCAGACAAACUUACCAGGGGCCAGCCAAAGGAAUACAGACUUCGUUCGGCAAAGGCCCAUGCGCCCAGUCUAAUUAUGGGGCGUUGGAUACAUUGUAUAGGCCUCCGGAGAAGGCCCAAAAUGGGCCCAUCGAAAGGGUCCACUCUGGCGGCAUACAGGGGAUUCCGCCCCCCCGCGUAGACAGAACAUCGUCUGGCAUCUCCGACAAAUGCUCGCAUGUUUCAUCGGAGGGAAACUACUCUUCGUUGGAGAAGAACCUUUUCGGGAAUUCCGAUAAGAUUGAAAGUGUUGGGCGAUUCUCUCCUCCUCGAGAGCCAAAUCCCUGCUUGAUCUCGCAUUCACUCUGGGAGAGAAAUUCUGUCCCUUUCGACAAGAAAACAGCUAACCAGACUGAACAAAACUCCAAGCUGGGAGCACGCUAUUUGGACAGAUCGUUUCUGUCAGAGAAUGGAAUCGGGCGCAAUGCGGCCUCAUCCUCAACGUCGUUUCUGACUGAUAAUGGAAACGGGCGCAAAGGGGCCCUUGCGUCGACCUCGUCAUUGAACAGACAGACCAGCGGAGAGAGCUUUACAGAUAGUAUCUUAUCUAGCGAUGUCACUCUUCCCACCUCCCCCAACCUUUCACUCAAUCCGAGCAAUUCGACGUUCCUCAAUUCCCUCUAUGAGGCCACCAAGCAACUACGGGGUGACGAUGAGGAGGUGGAAGAGCCUCCAAAGAGUUGGGCCCAACAUGCAGAGCAAAGCUAUAACAUGCAGUUGGCACUGGCCCUCCGGCUCAUGGCAGAAGCCGAACUUACUGCCGAGACCAGGUUGAUUGGGUAUCACUUCAAGGACAAUUCUUGCUCGGCCGCACGUAGAUCUGUCGAGGCGACUGCACACCGCUUCUGGGUGAACGGAAGUCUUGGAUACAGCGAUGUCAUUCAAGAUGGAUUCUACAUGAUAUGGGGCAUGAAUCCGCAGGUGUGGACCAUGUGCAAUUUCCCUACUGAAGGGAAUAAGAUGCCAUCCCUGGAGUCCCUCAGAUCGGUAAACCCUGCUGAAUCUUCCUUGGAGGUGAUCCUUGUAGACAAGAACGGAGAUUCCAUGCUCCGAGGUUUGGAGAGCAAGGCCAUUGCCAUAGCUCAAGAAGCCUCUAACUCUCGGAAGCUUGCCGAACUCCUCGGUCAGCGUGUUUGUAAUCUGUUUGGAGGUGUGUUUCCUUCUGAACAUGGGGACUUGAUGUCGCGCUGGCGAUCAAGUAGCGAGCAGCUCAAAGAGUGUCUCGGCAGCAUUGUCCUACCUCUUGGAAAUCUUUCGGUUGGCCUAUGUAGACACAGAGCUUUACUCUUCAAGACGCUGGCCGAUAGUAUCAAGCUGCCAUGCCGGAUCGCCCGUGGAUGCAAAUACUGUGGGUCAGACGAGGGUGCAUCGUGCCUUGUUUUGUGUGAACCAGACAAGGAGUUCUACGUGGAUCUAAUAGGAAACCCUGGAUUCCUCUCGUCCCCGGAUUCUUUAUGGUCCAAUUCUUCCAUGUCUUUGCGAUCCCCUUUGAGAUUUGCAGAUUCCAGUAACUGCUUUUCUGACGAAGUCAGAUCUUGGAGCAGGAGCUUUCAAGCGGAGGGUAGUUCCUCCGGAGGACGUUCUUCAACUGAUUCCCGGCAAGAAGAACCUGUGGGUGGCAGGAGGAAAGGUGGCGGAGAUCCAGGCCAAUGGUUGCCUUCGGGAUCGACCCAGAUGACUUUAUCCGAUGAUACACCCGGUGCCGAAGUGUGGGCAGUGAUGAAAGUUUCGCAAGAACGUGCCUACACAGUAUUCAAGGAUCAACUGGACAACAGGAAAGUUACAGGGAGAGGAGUGGCGAAGACCCUUUCAUCUGGAAAUAUGUCAUUCGUUGCUGAGGUAACAAAUGACCUGCUAAAUCCGCCGCUGCCAAGGAGUGCACCUGAUGACGCUUGUGGUCUCACAUUCCACAAGGAGAGUUCGCCUCCAAAAGGCUACGGAAAGCUAUCAGAACCAGCUAUUCAAGAAUCUAUAGCAGGACGCUGUUUGGAGUCUAAGAACCAUCUUGGUUUUGUAAACUCGUGUGUCGGGGUGGAAAUGUGCGGCAUACCCAAAAGGCCAGAGCCGGUAUCUCAAACAGAUGACUGGGAAAUACGAUGGGAAGAUAUAUCGUUGAGAGAGCGGAUUGGUGGAGGUUCGUUCGGGACAGUACAUCGGGCGGACUGGCAUGGCUCGGAUGUGGCAGUCAAAAUUCUCAUUGAGCAAGAUGUUCACGAGGAGCGGUUGAAUGAGUUUCUCAGAGAGGUCGCAAUAAUGAAAAGGUUAAGACAUCCCAACGUUGUCCUGUUCAUGGGUGCUGUAUCAAAACGUCCAAAUUUGUCUAUUGUCACCGAGUACCUGCCCAGAGGUAGCUUGUUUAAACUGCUACACAAGUCUGGAGCCAGAGAGUCACUGGACGAGAGGCGUCGUCUGCGUAUGGCCUUCGACGUGGCGAAGGGAAUGAAUUAUCUCCAUCGGAGUAAUCCUCCAAUCGUGCACCGUGAUCUUAAAUCACCUAACCUUUUGGUUGAUAAGACUUGGACAGUCAAGGUUUGUGAUUUUGGACUCUCAAGGUUUAAGGGGAAUACUUUCUUGUCUUCUCGAUCUGGAGCUGGAACGCCGGAAUGGAUGGCGCCUGAAGUUUUGCGGGACGAACCGUCAAAUGAAAAGUCGGAUGUUUAUAGUUAUGGUGUCGUUCUCUGGGAGCUUGUAACCUUGCAGCAACCUUGGAAUGGCAUGAGCCCAGCCCAGGUAGUGGGUGCUGUAGGCUUUCAAAACCGGCGGUUGCAAAUUCCUAAAGAGGUUCAUCCUGAUAUCGCGGCACUUAUCGAGGCAUGCUGGACGAAUGAGCCAUGGCUGCGACCAUCCUUUGCAGACAUUAUGCUGUCGCUGAAGAAUUUUCAGAAGGCAACACUUGCGCAGCCGCACAAUGGCCUCUUUCCCAGAGCUGCGAAGGGAGAGUGAUAUAUAUUACGUGAUAAAGAAAGCUAGAUGAUUUCUGCUUACUGCCUUCAGCACUGAAUGCUCUGCUUCAAAUAAGGACUUAUGUUGGCAGUCUCCGGUCAAAUUCAUUCCCACAUACACACGGGCUGUCUGGCGAUCGGCACUUCCCUUUGUGCUUUGGCGUAGGUUUCCUGAGGACCAAAACACAUCCAAUCGUGUUUGUGGCUUGAUGGUGUACACUAGUAACUUAACGGUGGAGGCCAUGUGUUUGGCCUCCUCUUUGAAACGAGAUGUUUGUAUUCAAGAGAUAGUUCUGACGGGAAUGUUACCAUGUCAAAAUUGUAGUUUAGUAUUGAUAGCCUCAUAUGGGUUAGACCUCUAGUAGCCAGAGGUUUGCCCCCAGAGAUAGAUCCAUAGCCUCGCAGGCUGGCCGUUUGGCCUCCUAAGAAGUGGUUUCCACUGGUUCCACUACACAUAGAUGUGGUGUUAGUAAAAAUGGUAAAUUGUUUGUCCAAAAUUCUUUCUAUGAGAUAACAAAGGUUAUCAAUCUUGUUGUCUAUCACGUCUGUGUUGAACCACAGAAAUAGAAACGUCGAUUUGGCCUUGAAAGAGGACGUUGACGUGUUGAAGCA